GAUACAUCCAACUAUAUCACUCAUAGUUCCGCACCUGAUGGUGAAUGAAGGACUCAUCAAGACGUAUCCGCCGAGCUCAACCUCUAAGAGGUCAAGGCAUGCGACGAGCGACUCUCUGGCACGAGCCGGAUGGAGCCAAGUUUGCAAGACACCCAGCGCCCCCGCGGACACCCGAUUUGUUCGGGUACCAGGAGGCUGGCGACCCCGUGUGCGGCCAGUGGCAGAGGAGCACAAUUCACCGCGAACAGCACAUGAAGACGCUUCUCCAUGCUGGGACCUGCGCCAGCAAACAAUGCACCGGGACGCGUCCCAGUCGACCCUGACCAGCAGCGCUGGCGUGGGUGCGCGGACGAGCCGCGGCUGCCUGGCGCUCCUGCGGCCAGAUGGCUUUGAGCGGGAGAAGCGGCCGUACAGGAGGGACCCACAUUUGGCAAAGGAAUUGCACUUGUGGCCUGCGAAGUUCUUGGAGGAAAGGGAGAAGAACGUCAACAGUUUAGCGGCCACCAAGUUUGAUCCGCUAGAUACCGCAUUAGAGGAGCUGAAGACGAUGCUCCAGCCGAAACGCGACAGCAGCGUAAGCAGCAGGCGCAGCAGCCCUGCGUCCCGCGCUGCUAGCGCGCACGGCAUGCAUGGGCCUCAUGGGCGUCGGCUCAGCAUGAGAAGGAUUUCUGGCGGCGAACUUGCAGAAAGGCUUUUGCGCCGAGCUUCUGCAACCUCCGUGGGUGCAGCCACCUCCUCGAACUCCGAAACAGACAGCUCAGGCGACGAUGCCUUCGCAGCCGCGCGCCUGGCAGCUGAAGAGGCCUAUGCUGAGGCGGAGAAGCAGGGGCUGCCGCCCACCAUGUGCCGACAGCGGCGGCAGGAAGUCUAUGCCGAGGCACUGCUGAUGCAACCAGAGAUCGUGGAGCUUCAAGCAGGGAGGAUGCGAGGAGGCAGUGGGCUCGAAGAGGACGAGGUGGAGUCGGAAGUGGAGAAGCUCAUCAAGGAAGACAUUGCCGAGUUGGCCCAGCUCUUUGCAGAGUUCGACGGGAGCUUGGAAGGCGUCAUCCAGCAGCACGACUUCCGUUCGCUGCUGCGAUUGCUGGGCCGCACUUUGACGGAGGACGAGGUCCGCGGACUGCUGAACUGCCUGGACCCUUUGGAUCCAGACGAGACGGAAGUGAGGGGCGACGUCGGCUUCAGGGAGUUUGUGGAGCUUUGCGACAUGAGGUUGCAUUCAGAGAAGCAGUACCUACGUUCCUUCUACCGAGAGCGCUUCCGCGGAGCUAGCAGCAACUGCAUCCAGCCGCAUUUGCGGGACGUGACUGAUGCGCUGCAGGGUGUCAAGGUGCAUGCGCGGCCGGAGCAGGUGGAGCGAACUGCCUUGGAGCUCGGAUUCCCUGUUUGGGCAGAAUUCAUCACUCUGGAGCAUGAGACGGAUCUUUUCGUCCUGGCACAGCGGUGCAGGAUGCUGGAGAAGCAGCGAGCUUGGGAAAGAGCCGGGUUCACGUUGGAGCAGGUGUCGAGGUUUCAACAGCUUUACGACCAUUUUGUGGCGAAGACGGGGCGAGGCGUUCGGUCCGAAGAGCUGCUGUACAUCGUGCACCAGCUGGGCAUCGUUCCUAAGGGGCGCUCAGACGAGGUGGAUUUGGAAGCCACGGCCUUCAACGGCAAAGAUAGAACGGAAGCGAUGUCACUGGAGGAGUGCAUGCAUUCUGCCAGGAGGUUUGUAGACAAGAAGGACAUGGACGCACGCUCCAAGGAGCUCCGUGCGGCCGACAUCUCCGGCAUACCGCAGGAAGAGUUGGACUGCUUCCGUGCAUUCUACAGGCAGCUCAUUGCAGAGGACACUCAAGGCAACAAGAAGGACUUUACCUACUUUGCUUUGGUCCGGGGUGUGCAGAUCAUGGGUGCAACGCUGACGGUGGAGAGGAACGCAGAGCUUGAACAGAUGUUCAAGGAGCACGCUGUCUCCUCCGUCAUCUCGCCGUUUCUGCAUCUGCCGUUUCCAAAGUUCAUCGUCAUGAUUGGGACUCUAUUCAAACUGGACUUUGCUGGCUUGAGGAGUACAGCUGCUCGCAAUGAGGAGGAGGCCAGCCACCUGCGCCGGAUGUCAAAGUUCAAGGCGGUUGGAACGAGACCCUUGGCCAUGGCAUUUUGGAUCCCACGGUACUGCCAAUUUGCACUUUCAAGUCCCCACGAUGCAAUGCCAAUUUGAAUCAAGAGAGCAGUGGAGCGGUUGCGAGAGGUCUCAGUGACCGCAAAACGCGUACAGCCUUUCUUGCAGCUGCAAAAUGAGCUCAAUCUGAGGUGCAAUGUUUCUGCGUGCAAGGAAUAUGAGGGCCGCCCGAUAGCAGAGACAAAAGAUGUGGGCACUGCAAGGUCAAUCUCACGCUUGGCGAGACCCGAC